AUGGGCCACACUCUCAUGACUCAUCCUUAGUUUGUUAUCUCCGUCCCAUCAACUGAGUAGAUAAACACUGAAACACCGAAUCAUGUUAUCUCUUUUACAGAGGGAUAAAUAAGGAUCCAAGUUUAGAACAUAGAGAUUAAAAAAGAAAGCUCCAAGAGAUGGAAGAUCAAGAACUGCAGAAGAGUUCAAGAGUUGUUAAAGUCGAUUCUCCUGAGUCAUGGAACUUUUAUGUGAGUCAAGCCAAGAGUCAGGCUUGUCCUAUUGUGGCUCAUUUCACAGCAUCUUGGUGUAUUCCUUCUGUGUUUAUGAACUCGUUCUUUGAAGAUCUUGCCUCUAGCUAUAAGGAUGCUCUGUUUCUUAUAGUUGAUGUUGAUGAAGUCAAGGAAGUGGCGAGACGGCUAAAGGUAAAGGCUAUGCCUACUUUUAUGUUCUUGAAGGAUGGUAAUACGAUGGACAAACUGGUGGGCGCAAAUCCUGAUGAGAUCAAGAAAAGGGUCGAUGGUUUCGUUCAGUCCUCACGCCUUGUUCAUAUUGCUUAGAAUUUUAUUGAUACAUGGUAAGAAAUCUCAAUCCUAAUAAAAUUUGUGUAAAAGUGUAUUUUAGUUUGUGUAAAGUGUACUUAUAGCUUGUGUACAGUGUGUUGCUCAAAAAAAAAAAACUUGUGUACAGUGUAUUUGUAGCUUGUGUAACUUGUAUUUUUACUCUCAUAGUUUGUGACUUUAGUAUAAGGUUUGUGUAAAAAAUGUUUGUGUAAUGUGUA